UCAACUCUUCACUCCAUUCAUUCUUUCACAUUUUUCCAUUCGCUUCCAAAACUCUACUUUUCGUCUCAAUAGUUUUACAUUAAUACCCCUCAUCAACUUUUCUCAUAAUCCCAUUUCGAGGGUUAAUUUGUAAUUAACUAAAACCGAUAUACUAUGGUGUGUUUACCGAUGAAGAGAUCAAGAGAUCAGGAUGCACUGACAAGCAUGGCGAACUACUUGAUGAUUCUAUCGAGGGGAACCACAAGCACUGAAUCUUACGAUGUUAAUACAGUUAACAGAGUCUUUGAAUGCAAGACAUGUAAUCGUCAGUUCCCAUCUUUUCAAGCACUUGGUGGACAUAGGGCUAGCCAUAAGAAGCCAAGGCUAGAUGGCGAUAUGACAGGUCAUCAUGACGCCAUUGUUUUGGGUAAGCCGAAAGCUCAUAAGUGUUCGAUUUGUGGGCUUGAGUUUGCCAUCGGACAAGCGUUGGGCGGGCAUAUGAGGCGGCAUAGGGCGGCUACGACGACUGAGAAUCACUCUCCUCUGCCGCUAGAUCUGUCGCCGGCGCCGAUGGUAAAGAAGGUGAAUCUUAGAAGGGUUUUUAGUUUGGAUUUGAACUUGACACCAUUAGAGAAUGAUUCUGGGUUUAGGGUUGAUGAUGAGAAGGUGACUCCGAUCACGGUUGACUUCUUCUUAUGAUGUAUUAUUGUUGAGAUAUUAUCUUUUUUUGACUUGCGGAUUUAGAAUAGGAAUUUUAUUUUAUUUUUUAUUUUAUGUGGGAGAGGUUUUUUCUUAUUUUAAUUAUUAAAAUGUAUUUAUGCACGAAUACACACGAUCAUUACCAUAUAUAUGAUUUAUUUUAGUGAAGAAAUGAUUGAAAUGUUUGUAUAAUUA